CGCAACGGCGAGGUCGACGCCGAGUCGCCGACGGUCGCUCACUGCGUCUCUGCCGGAGUGCCGGAUCCUCCGCCCGCCGCUCCUCCGUCGACCCUCCGCUUCCGCCCAUGCCCCGACCCAAGCCUGGAAGCGGCGGCGGCGGCGGCGGCUGGCUCUCAGGGUGGGGGUGGGACCUCAUGCUCGGAUCGAUUGCCGCGUUCUACGCCGUCAUGGCGCCCUACACCAAGGUGGAGGAGAGCUUCAACGUGCAGGCCAUGCAUGAUAUUCUUUAUCACACUUAUCACAUCGAGAAGUAUGAUCAUUUAGAAUUUCCUGGAGUUGUUCCUCGAACAUUUAUAGGAGCAUUUGUUAUAUCUAUUCUCUCAUCACCGGCAGUCUUUGUAUUGCGUUUACUUCAUGUUCCAAAGUUCUAUAGUCUUCUUACAGUUCGAUUAACAUUGAGUUGUGUCACUUUGAUGAGUUUGAGACUUCUCAGACUUCAGGUAAAAAAGAAGUUUGGCCAUCAAGCAGAAGCAUUCUUUGUCAUACUAACUGCUAUCCAGUUUCACUUGCUGUUCUACUCAAGCCGUCCGCUUCCAAAUAUCUUUGCCUUAGCUUUGGUCAACUUGGCAUACUCUUUCUGGUUCAAGGGAAGCUACCUAUGUACAUUACAGGCUCUGAUUGUUGCAGCAGUUGUUUUUAGAUGUGAUAUGAUUCUGCUUCUUGGCCCAAUAGGGCUUGCACUUAUGCUCAGCAGAUCUGUGUCUCUGUUGGAAGCAGUAAAAUAUUGCAUAAGCACUGCCCUUAUAUGCAUUGGAUUUACCAUGCUAGUUGACUCUAUAAUGUGGCGGCGAAUCCUGUGGCCAGAAUUUCAAGUUCUCUGGUUUAAUUCAGUUCUGAAUCGGAGUUCAGAAUGGGGUACCCAUUCAGUUCACUGGUACUUUACCUCGGCGCUUCCACGUUCCAUGAUUGUGGCAUACCCUCUUUGCAUGGUUGGUGCUCUUCUUGAUAGAAGGAUAGUACCAUACAUGCUUCCGGUCUUCUUAUUUGUUGUGCUCUAUUCAAAACUUCCACAUAAGGAACUUCGUUUCAUAAUUGCCUCAAUUCCCAUGUUUAAUGUGUCUGCUUCACUAGCAGCUAGCAGACUAUAUAAUAACCGAAAGAAAGCUGGGUGGAAUUUGCUUUAUAUUCUCACGCUUGGUGCCUUUCUUGUCAGUCUAGGAUACUCUACUGUGACUUUCAUCGCAUCCUACAACAAUUAUCCUGGUGGCUAUGCUUUAAAGGCUCUACAUGAAGCAGAUUCUUCAGUGAAGGAAAAGAUGGUACAUAUUGAUGCCUUCACUGCGAUGAGUGGGGUUUCUCGUUUCUGUGAAAAUGAAUAUCCUUGGAGAUACUCUAAGGAGGAAGACAUUCCCAUCGAAGAAUUUGAGAAAAGGAAUUUCACCUAUCUACUGAAUGAACACCGCUCCAUUGGUGGCUACCAGUGCUUGUUUGCUGUGGAUGGAUUCUCCAGAGUAAAAUUUAAGCCCCAAAUUCCCCCGCUUUCUCUGGUGAAAGAACCCAAGGUGUUCGCACAUGGGAAUAUGAGAGACCCUGACAUUCUUUCACUGAAUUGGCCCGGUUGUCCUUGAGGACAGUGAGACACACCCAGAUUCCUGUCGCAGGACCACUAACUGCCAACAGUGAAGAUGUGUUCUGUCAGUCUGUUUGAUACAUAUAUGAUAUAUACUAGUAAAUCUCUGUGUCUUUCCAUGAAGCUACCUGCAAAUCUAGAUGGACCUCCUCCCCCAGAUCCCAACUCCGAAACCAAACCACAGCUCUAAGGGACUACCAUUUUGAGGUGAAAAAUUUGUGUAACAUUUUAGAGCCGGAGCAAAGUACACACUCUUUUCCUGAAAUGAGAAUGGGGGGAAUCAUAGCAGAGUCUUGUAUAACAACUUGCUCAAUUUAUUUUUCCCUUUUUAGACAGCUUUCAGAGUUUCUUUUAUAACAAGAGCCUUUCAGACUUUAUUGUCAGCAGGAGGAAUACAAUCGUGCUGGAUGCA